AGGCCUGUCUUUUCAUAUACACUCCUUGCUGGCUCAAGGGGCCUACGCAGAUUCGGUGGAAAAAAUAAAGACAGUUAGAGGCAAGACGAUAUGGAUGGAUAUUCGAGACAUGACAUCAGGAGAUGGGUGGACGACGUUCGACUACACGCUCGCAGUGAUGUCUUAGGCGGCGAAGACGAAGUGUUCAAACUGGGCGAGGAAGUGGCUCUGGAGGCUGGUGACAAAGACAACCUAUCGACAAGGUCAGAAGUGGAAAUCGGAAUCAUCGAUGGUCCAGUUGAUACCAAGUCAACAGAGUCGGUAUCAGUAGCAGGGUCAACACCAACGGAACCAGAGACAACAACAGAGCCCCCGACGUUUACCCAACCCCUUCCGCCACCCGCCAAUUUCACCAUCAGCACCAUCACCGCAUCCGCACAACCGCAGCCGAUAAUAACACUCACGCCCAUUACACAUUCAGCCAGACCUCCACCCACCAAGACAACAGACACGGAUGACAAGCCGGAGGAGACGAAGGAUCAUGAUAGGGAUCAUGGGAAGCAUGAGCAUCCGGACUCAGCCUCCGUCACAGAUGGAUUCGUGACCGUCACAAUGCCUCGCAGUAGCACUAUUGCCAUAACGACACCCAUGGCCGUCUCCGCCAGUGUUACGACCAACGUGUUGACUUCGGCCACGGCGAGCCCAGCUAUCAGCAACGGAGCUGCUCUAGAAGAAGCACAGCAGAUGGAGACCAGUAGCGGGCACAUGUCUGGAGGUGCAAAGGCCGGCAUCGCCAUUGGAGUCGUUGCCGGUGUCGUCAUGCUCGGAGUCGUCCUCUUCUGGCUCUUCAAGUGCUUCCGCUCCCGCAAAUCGGAAGCAGACUCCGAGUCUUCCAUCCGCGCCUUCCUCUCGGGCGGAAAAUCCGGUCCCGGUGACGGCGGCCUCCCACCCCCUGCCACUGCUGCAGGCGCAGGUGUAGGCGCAGACCAGCUCUCGGCCAACUUCGACCCGCGCAGCAACUCCCAGAUCCUCGACGAACUAAUCGCCGCUUCCUACGCCCACCAGAACGGGCAAGACAACAACGCCAACAACAACUACAGCAUCCCCAACGGCUACGUCCUCUCCUCUACCGCUCUCGACGAGAAGCAAGCCGACGGCGCCUACCCCGUGACCAUCAUCCAGCCCGCACCCACCCACCAGCCCGAAGUCCGCAAGUCCGUCGCCAGCUGGCUGCGCAAACACCACCCCCUGAAGCUGAACCCGCUUUCCAUCAGAGGCAGCACCUUCUCAGCCUUCAGCAGCCGGCGCGCCUCAUCAGCCUACGGCAGCUCCCAACAAGGAGGAGGAGGAGGAGGAGGACGGGACUCCAUGGCUUCUUCUGAUUAUCCUUCUCCCACCUCUUACGACCCGGACGCGCCUCCGAUGCCGGAAAUCCCCGCUACGUACUUCAACGAAAUCUCGAAGCCGCUCAGUCCCAUGCCCAAGAAGUUGCCGACUGCCGCACAGAAUAUGAAGGCGAUGAAGUUCCAGAGCGUGUGGUCGGAUAGUAGUGCGGGGACGGAUAUGGAUCAGGCGGAUCGGUCGAGGAUGACGGUUUCGUCGGAGGGGAAUGAGUCGUUGUUUAAUUUGUAUGAGGGCGGUGAUGGCCAGGUGAGGAGCCCGUCGCAGGUUGUGACUUCGUUGUCACCGCCGCCUCCGCCGCCUUUGGCGCUUAAGGAUCAGGGCCAGGGCCAGGGGGCGAGUUCACCUCCUUUGAGGCCGUAGAUGGGAGGAGGAUAGAGGGAUGUGGCGGAGUGCUAAAGAUCGGUCAGGACAGGCCUGUUUGUGCGAUAAGUGUGUCCAGUAGUGUUAGAAUUU